GUCAAAAAACGCCUCGUCUUGCCAGACGAUCAGAUCACACGCGUCGGAAGGAACCAGUGCUCACUCAGGAGCCCAUUCAACAAGCCGACGUGCAUUCCGGCACUGAUCUGGUCAGUCGGAGUGUGGAAACAUGCAUUGGCGUCGUUGGGAGUGCCAGGUCCUAGUCCAGAACAUGGUGCUCAGGAAGAAUUCCAGCUGUCGGGCGCGCCGUUGAAUCGUUACGAGCUCUUCGGCGAGGUCUACGCAAACGUGCUCUCCAGCUUCCAGAUCGUCUCCUCUGGCAUCUUCUUUGACCACCAGGCCUUCACUGACCACGAGGGCGUGACGUGGGACUUGUUUGCACCCUUCGCCUACAAACCGACCAUGGCGACCCAGGUCGCGGAGGCCAUCGACAUGAGCGUUCGGGGUCAUCGCAACUACACCGGACAGUCGUGGUUCCGCACCCUCAAGGUGGGCUUCUCUGUACCCCUCGUAAACUCUUCCAUCUCUUCUGGACCUAUUCCAUCGACUAGCAGAUCGUAG